AACGCAAUUUGGUAAUCUGAAAAAUUUAAUAAAGAGAUUUGUUUUUUUCUGUUAGGAGGUUUUUCUCUUUUACGGUGACGGAAUAAUUCGCUCUCGCGCUCUCCCGUUGCCGUUUCGUCGCCCUGAAUGCCUCACCAGUGUUCAGGUCCAUUCUGGUAAUUUUGAAGCAGAGGAGCGAGGGUCUAAUAAUAAGACGGUGUACGGAGAUUAGCACCAUGGUUCUAUUCGUUGAUCUUUGCAGCCUUUUUUAUGCGAAUUUCAAUUAUAUGAUGUCUAAUCUCCUCGAGAAGACUAACACUCAAGAAACCCCGUAAAGAAAAAAAAAGAAAAAAAAAAGAAGCAUAUUCACUUAGCAUGUAUAACACCCGUACUCUGGUGCACGCGUCUCUUGAACGAGAAGAUGGCUGUAGCCGUUGAUCAAUUAGGUCAUGGGUUCAAGCCAUUCGCCCGCCCGCCACGAUGCAAGCUCCCCUCCUUCACUCAACUCGAUGAACACAAAAUGCUCGACUUCACUCAACAAUCCAAGCUCCCGCCGCAAUCUCUAGAACAUUCCGGAAACAACAACAACACCAACAACAUUCACAAGAGCUUCUCCACCCCAUGCCUCUCCCGCUCUUCCCAAGCCAAAAAGGACGAACACGACCACUACGAGACGAAAUCGAGAAAAAUCGAAAUCAUAGUCGGGCGCUCCGCCCCGAGGGUGCGUGCUCUUGUGGUGGAAGUCGCCAUCGCCAUGGCCGCCGGUGCGGACCCCGAGCCGGCCUCGAGCGGGCUCGGUGGGGCCUACUUCCUCCGGGCCCAAAACGGGGACACUAUAGCCGUGGCUAAGCCGAUAGACGAGGAGCCGCUUGCCUUCAACAACCCUAAGGGCUUAGCUGGACGUAACUUCGGCCAGCCUGGCAUGAAGUGCUCGAUUCGAAUAGGCGAAACGGGCCUACGCGAAUCGGCCGCGUAUUUCCUAGACCACGAUAAUUUCGCCGGUGUACCUCCAACCGCACUCGUUAGAUUCUCCCACGUGAAAUUCAAUUUAAAUAAUAAUAAUAACAGUUCAGGUUCGGAGUCGGGUUCGGUUUACAAGGUCGCCUCCCUUCAGCGGUUCGUCAAGCACGACUCCGAUGCGGGGGAUUUGGGCCCUUCGAGCUUUUCGGUCACCUCCGUGCACCACAUAGGUAUACUUGACGUGCGGCUGAUGAAUCUCGAUAGGCAUGCGGGGAAUAUUCUCGUGAGGCAGGGUGUAGGGAGUUACGGUGGGGGCACGGCCGAGCUGGUGCCGAUCGAUCACGGGUUUUGCUUGCCUGAGUCGCUCGAAGAUCCGUAUUUCGAGUGGCUGCAUUGGCCUCAAGCUUCGAUUCCGUUUUCGGAAUCAGAAGUUGAUUACAUAUUGUGUCUUGAUCCUUUUAAAGAUGCCGAGCUGUUGAGGAGCGAGCUCCCUUCGUUAGGGGAGCCCUCCGUUAGGGUUCUCGUACUAUGCACGAUUUUUUUGAAGGAAGCAACUUCGUACGGGUUGUGCCUUGCCGACAUAGGCGAAAUGAUGACUAGGGAAUUUCACGGGGGAGAAGAAAAUUGGAGUACGUUGGAGAGUUUGUGCAACAACGCCAAGGCGGCGUUCUUGAAAAACGACGAUAGUGACAACGAGACUCAGCUUGUGGAAGUUGAGGACGAAAUGUUCCAAUUCGAUGACGACCUUACAAAUCAAGAAACUACGGAAAACUCCCCCACGAAAGGUAAGCCGUCAAAAAUCCCGAGAUAUUCUUCGAUGAGCGUGUUGGACGGUUCGGGAGCGGGAGCUUCUCCGUUGAGUAAGAACGAGAAAUGUUUGAUUAACGAUUGCGCUACGAAGACAUUAUCGGAUAAUAAUAAUAAUAAUAAUAAUAAUAAUAAUAAUAAUAAUUGUGUUGAUGAAGACGAUGACGGUAUGAAGGGAGGUGGAAUGAUGAGGAGUAUGAGUUACUCGAUUCAAAAUUACAGUCGAGACGGUCAAUGCGUUUGUCUAGGGGAAAUGAACGAGGAGGAGUGGCGGUUGUUCUUGGAGAAUUUCGAGAAGCUUUUGCCAGAGGCCUUUGAGGAACGAAAAUCGAUGGGCUUGUCGAAGCAGAGGCUGGGAUCUUCGUGUGAGUUUUGAAAAAAAAUGCAAUUAAUAAUUAAAAUUUGCAUUAAAAUUUCGAAUAAAAACUGUGUAUACACACAUUAACUAACUCUUCUAGAUGAUUUGCAUAGGAUGUAGAUUAUAAAAA